AACAGCAUUGCAUGACUACAGCGUGACCAAAAGGCACGAUGGAGAUGAUUCGUCUUCUUUAAAACAAAUUUGGCCCAAAUGAGACAGUUAGGGCCAUUACUUGUUCGAAAAAUUAGUUGCAAACGAAGAAUAAGCAAUGUCAUACCAACCAAAAGUAGUUGUUAUUGGAGCAGGGAUAGCAGGACUGUCUGCAGCCUGUAAGUUACAUGAAUCAGGGCAGGUGGAUGUGUGUGUCCUGGAGGCAAGUGAUCGACUGGGUGGGCGAAUACACACAGGCAAGGUUGGAAAUAACCCAGUUGAGUUUGGUGCUUCAUGGAUUCAUGGAACUGUGGGAAAUCCCAUCUUUGACCUCGCUUGUGACCUGAAAUACCUACAGAAAUCAGAUGUUGAUCAACAGAUAGCAUGGAUUAAUGAAGACAGUCGAGCUAAGCCAAAGCUAGAUCCUUCUCAGCUUAAACAGAGUAUUGAUGAUCAGAUUCUAACAGAGGUUUGGAAUGUAUUUGAAAAGUUGAUCACUGAAACAGAAGAUAUCACAAAAAUGAAAACAUUCUGCCAAGGCAUCACAAAGGAUAAAAGAACAAUAGGGAAUUACAUUACCCACGGUUUUCAAACUUAUCUAGACUCAUGUACCUCUGACACUGCUAUGAUCAAAAACAUAAAACGCGACCUGUUUCUAUUUCUUGAAGAAAGGGAAUGCAAUUCAGUUGGUUGUAAUUCACUGAAUGACCUAAAUCUUGAGGACUUUGGAGAGUAUGUUUACCUGGAUGGUUCAGCUUAUUGUCCACUUCCUGAUGGUUAUGACAGAAUAACUGAGGCUUUAGCAGCACAAUUAAACAGUGGCUGUGUCCAUUUGAAUCAUGAGGUAACAAAAAUACACUGGGGGGCUUCAAGUGAACUUAAUGAUGAUGCUGAAAAAAGAAAUUAUCCAGUCAAAUUGCAUUGUGGUAAUGGUAAAACAUUUUGUGCUGACCAUGUGAUCAUAACUGUCUCCCUUGGUGUCCUGAAGGAAAAGCACACUACACUGUUUUGUCCUUCCUUGCCAUCUGACAAAACAGAUGCGAUUAGAAAUCUUGGUUUUGGAUGUGUAGGAAAGAUUUUUAUUGAAUUUGAAAAACCAUUUUGGCCAACAGAUGAGUACAGCCUUCAUCUUAUUGGGAACAAGAAGCAAAAUCCCAAGCAUGAAUCAACAAUAACAAUUUGUCCUUGGGCUCAUCAUCUUUAUUCAAUGUACACCACUCGUCCAGGGUCUAAUGUUUUGCAGGUUUGGUUCCAAGGCAAUAAAUCAUUAGAAAUUGAAAAGACCACACCUCAAGAACUUGAGAAGCAGUGUCUUGCAGCCAUCAAAGAAUGUACUUGUCUUGAAUCACUGCCACCCAUUGUGAAUGUUGAAAAAACCCAGUGGGGGACAAAUCCUUGGACAAGGGGAUCAUAUACAUAUUUAUCUAAAGCAGCUUGUGGGAGUGACUUUGAUACUCUGGCCUCACCCCUCCCUGGGGAGUCAUCUGGUUGUAAGGAAGCCUCUGCUUUACAACUUAUGUUUGCAGGUGAGGCAACACAUCGUCAGUUUUAUGGAACUGUUCAUGGAGCUUAUUUGACUGGAAUAAGGGAAGCUGAGAGGCUUUUGAACCACUUAAGGAAUUGAGCCUGACACUCAUCUUUACUAAGUUCAAGAAUUUAUUUUUUACCUUUGUUGUGCCAAAAUUAGAAUUACUCUUUUGUAAAUUAAAUGACUUGAUUAAACUGCCACCAGACAUUUGGAUGAAAGCAGUUUGGAAUGGUUGUUAUCAAGAAGGUAGAAAGGAUUGAAGAAAUUUUGAUGUAAAUAUUAAUUUGUGUUAUUGAUCAGUUAAAAUAUUUGGGAGAGGUUUUUCUGAUCUGCAAUUUUGCCAUCAUUUCAGGGGGUUCUUGAACCAAAUUCAUCUUAAAAAAAAACUCAUGUCUAUUUAAAUUGAAAUUAACUGAAACUGUGUUUUGGACAAGCCAUACCAUUGCCAUGGUAACUUAAUGAGUCCUCUCCAGGGGUGGACUAGAGCAGAUUUUAUUUAGACGGCAGACAAUCAUCACUGAGGGUUUAAAUUUUUUUGAAAUGGAAAUAUCUGAAAACUUCUAACUUGGAAGCAGUGUUAAAUAGUUUGUGCGUAUGAAGCUAAUUUUGAUGGAAAUAUUUACCAUCAACCUAUAUAAAAUUUUCAUAUUAGUUCGUAAAAUUAACGAGGCUGUUGUGAGUGAUCCGACCUUCCUGAUUCGUCAGUUUCCUUUUUUUCUUUGUGACGCGUAGAUUUAUCUUGGUGAUUUGAUAAGAUGUUCUACCGUAGACAAGUUCUCACACUGAUGACGAAAUGAACGCAUAUUAUUACAGCUGGGAAUUUCAAUGACUACUUUCCUCCUCGUUGACGGUAAUGUUACGGCUACGAUUCGCAGCUAUUUUAAAUCUGAUCAUAUGGGGUGUAAGUUUUGUAUUAUCAAAAAAAAUUGGUACAUAGAAACUGAUACCAAGCCGAGAGACAAAGCAGACCGCGAAAUACUUUUUCCUAGUUAUUAAAAUGCGCCGAUUGUGUGUUCUGUUUAUACAGGUG